AUGACCAGCAAGCACGUGAACUGGAGCUGCCAUUGCCUGCUGAUGUCCUGCACCUCCCGCCAGCAGAAGCUCAUUGAAAAGCUGCAGGCUGAAAAAGCCUUCCGGGAGGAGAUUCAGAGUUUUCAGGAGACAAUGAGGAGCUUUCGGGAGAAGAUCAAGGGCUUUAGGGAAAAAAUCAGAGAUGUCAAGAUGGCCAUGCAAGCCUUCUUGGACGAGGGAAAGCCAGUCUGGGAAGAGGAAGCUGCCUUUCACGAAGAAGAAAAGGCUAUUCAAGAGGAAGCAAAAGCCUUCUGGAACGUGUAUUGUAACUUCUGGAAGGACUAUAAUGCUUUCUGGAAGAAGGAUAAGGAUUUCUGGGAAGAAGAUCAGCUCCUCUGGGAGAAAGACAGAGUCCUUCUGGAUGAGGAUAGAGUCCUAUGGGCAGAAGAAGCAGCUCUGUGGGCAGAUGAAACAGCUCUCCUGAAAGAGGAGAGAGCUCUCUGGGAAGAUGAGGAGGCCCUCCAGGAAGACCAAAAAACCCUCAAGGAGUAUGAAAUACUGAUCUGGGAGGAGGUCUUUGGUCCUGAGAGAGAGGAUAUCAUCUCCAGGGAUGCCACUGCCCACAGAGGAAAAGCAUAA